AUGUAUACCAACGAAGUUUACAGUAAGCCUGUUACUAGAAAUAAUGGAUUACACAAAUGGUGGCAUCUCCGCUGGGUUAAAAGAAUCGGCAUUUCUGUUAUUAUUUUAAUAAUUUGCGCUGUUACCUUUGCUCUGGUGUUAAACUUCGUCGUUUUUGCGCCAAAGAAGUCAGAAACUAGUACCACCGCCGCAUCAUCAUCAUCAUCCCUAACAACAACAUCAUCAGUGACACCUACCACAACUUUAUCACAAACAACAGCUACGGAUACAACUCAGCAGUCAGAACCGACUACGACCACAACGUUAACAACAAUAUCAACAACAACAACAACAACAACAACAACAACAACAUCAACAAUAACAUCAAAGCCUGAAUGGACAAUGACAGGUAACAUGAGUAUGCCACGAUCUGACCACACAGCAUCCACCUUAGCAAAUAGAUCAGUAUUAGUUGCUGGUGGGCUCAACUGGAAUGGUUAUCCCAAUAGUACUGAAAUGUACAAUCCAUCAACAGGCACGUGGACAACCACAGGAAGCAUGAAUAUUGGACGGAUGUAUCACACAGCAUCCACGUUAUCAAAUGGAUUAGUAUUAGUUGCUGGUGGAAUCAACGCUAAUGGUGUUCUCAAUAGUACUGAAUUGUACAAUCCAUCAACAGGCACUUGGGCAACUGCAGGAAGCCUGAGUAUCGCACGACGGGAGCACACAGCAUCCACGUUAUCAAAUGGAUUAGUAUUAGUUGCUGGUGGAAUCAACGCUAAUGGUGUUCUCAAUAGUACUGAAUUGUACAAUCCAUCAACAAGCACUUGGGCAAUCACAGGAAGCAUGAAUGUUGGUCGAGCAUAUCACAUAGCAUCUACAUUAGCGAAUGGAUUAGUAUUAGUUGCUGGCGGAACCAGCGGUACUGAUAUUCUCAGUAGUGCUGAACUGUACAAUCCAUCAACAGGCACAUGGACAACUGCAGGAAGCAUGAGUAUCGCACGACGGGAGCACAGAGCAUCCAUAUUAGAAAAUGGAAAAGUAUUAGUUAUUGGUGGAGAAAGCAGCGGUACUAUUUAUCGUAAUAGUGCUGAGCUUUAUGAAUCGAUAUAG